AUCCCGAUUCCUCUUCAUUCCAAAGCUAAACCCUAGGCCGCGCUUCAUAACUGUUCUUUCUUUCGUUAUUUCCCUCUGCUGCCAUUUUUCAUUCUAAACCUAAACCUAGCCGCCGCCCUUCGCUUGAUCUUCGUAACCAUUGUCGAACCGUACCGAACGGAGUCGGAGCUCAGUUCGGAUCGGUUUCGGCGCCACAGUUUUUGCAUUCUCAACCUUUUCUUGCGUCUCUAUGGAUAAGAAGAAGAUGAAGAACAAAACUCUUGUGGAAGAAGCCCCAGUUUCCGAGACUGCCUUUGACCAAAACAGCGACGAGUUGGUUCAUUCGGACAAGAAGAAGAAGAAGAAGAGUAAGGGUGAUAAGGAGAGCAAGAAGCGAAAAGCCGUGGAGGUGGCUGAAGACGAGGAUAGGAGCGACACGAGCUCGGAGUUGGGCGAGCCGGUGAAUUCGCGGUUGAAAAGCAGCAGCAAGGACAAGAAGAGCGGCAAGAAGGUGAAGUUGAUCGAGUCUGACGAAGAUGCUGAGGAUGAGAAGGCUGAGGACCAUAAUGCUGUUUCUAGGUUUCGGAUAUCGGAACCGCUGAGGGAGAGGCUGAAGGAGAAGGGUAUCCUCUCUUUGUUUCCGAUUCAGGCCAUGACGUUUGACACCGUAUUUGACGGUUCUGAUUUGGUUGGACGAGCCAGAACAGGACAGGGUAAAACACUGGCUUUUGUCUUGCCCAUCUUGGAGUCUUUAAUAAACGGGCCUUCUAAAUCGUUGACUGGAUAUGGAAGGUCUCCUAGUGUUCUAGUACUUUUACCCACUAGGGAAUUGGCUGACCAGGUGUUCGAGGACUUCAAAUUUUAUGGUAAUGCAUUAGGAUUGGAAUCUUGCUGUUUAUGUGGAGGAAUGCUUUAUGGGCCCCAAGAAACUAAAUUAAGAAGGGGGGUUGACAUAGUUGUUGGAACACCUGGUCGUGUAAAGGAUCACAUUAACAGAAACAAUAUUGAUUUGCGGUCGUUAAAGUUUCGGGUCCUUGAUGAAGCUGAUGAAAUGUUGAGGAUGGGUUUUGUUGAUGAUGUUGAAUUUAUUCUCGGCAAGGUGGAGGAUGUAAACAAAGUUCAAACACUUCUGUUCAGUGCCACUUUACCAGACUGGGUGAAAGAUAUUGCUUCCAGGUUCCUUAAAGCAAAUAAGAAAACUGCAGAUCUUGUUGGUAAUGAGAAAAUGAAGGCAAGUAAGGAUGUUAGGCAUAUUGUUAUUCCUUGUUCUGAUUCAGAAAGGUCUCGACUUAUUCCUGAUAUCAUACGAUGCUAUAGCAGCGGAGGUCGAACUAUUAUAUUUACGGAGACAAAGGAAUCUGCAUCAGAGCUUGCUGGUCUUCUUCCAGGAGCACGAGCCUUACAUGGAGAUAUACAGCAGUCUCAGCGGACGGUUACACUUUCUGGGUUCAGAUCAGGCAAGUUUCUGGUAUUAGUGGCCACCAAUGUGGCAGCACGUGGAUUGGAUAUCAAUGAUGUUCAGUUAAUUAUUCAGUGUGAGGCGCCAAAGGACAUAGAAGCUUAUAUUCAUCGGUCUGGAAGAACAGGAAGAGCUGGCAAUACUGGAGUUGCUGUGACAUUGUAUGAUCCAAGGAAGUCGGGAAGAAUUUCCAGAAUAGAAAGAGAAUCUGGUGUUAAGUUUGAGCACUUGUCUGCUCCUCAACCAAUUGAUAUAGCUCGAUCUGCUGGAGCAAGUGCCGCAGAAUCAGUAACUCAAGUCUCUGACAGUGUAAUUCCACCGUUCAAAUCUGCCGCUGAUGAAAUGGUGAAUAGCUCUAGUUUAACUGCUGUGGAGCUACUUGCCAAGGCCCUUGCCAAGCUCUCUGGUUAUACGGAGAUAAAGAGUAGAUCACUUCUGACGUCAAUGGAAAAUCAUGUCACUUUAAUUCUCGAGGCUGGAAAGCCUAUCUAUUCCCCAUCAUUUGCCUACAGUGUCUUGAGGAGAUUCUUGCCAGAGGAGAAGGUAGAAUCAGUCAAGGGUAUGGCAUUGACCGCUGAUGGAUACAGUGCUGUAUUUGAUGUUCGAACAGAAGAUUUGGAUGCAUUUCUUGCUGGUAAGGAAAAUGCAGCGAAUGUGAAUUUAGAGGUGUUGAAAACGCUGCCAAAAUUGCAAGAUAGGGAGCAAUCAAGAGGGGGUGGAAGAUUUGGAGGUGGUGGUCGCGGUGGAUUCGGUGAUCGCAGAAAUGGUGGUGGUAGGUUUUCAGGAGGAAGAGGAGGUGGCCGGGGAGGAUUUUCUGAUAGAAGAAACAGGUUUUCGGGUAAUUCGGGUGGAAAAGGUCGAAGCUUUGGUGGCGGAAGCAGUUGGUAAGGGGUGUUUGUGUUCCUAAUAAAACCACAAUCUGAGUUGGGAGAAUUGGAAACUUUGUAGAGAAGAUGAGUUCCUUUUGAAGACGCGAGUAUAGUACAGAGCUGUUGCACGAGGCCAAUCCUGGCGAUUAUAGGUGGUAAUUAGUUCUUUAUUUGAUAUUUCCUUUUUAAUUCUAAUUAUUUUUCUGAAAUGUUUGGGGAUUUUUCCGUUUGUACCCCCCCAUUUGAUAAUAUGCGAUUCUGUUGCUUCGUGAGAUGCAUUAUUUUAAACUUUACAAAGAGGAAUCUGUAUUAUUUUAUUAAUUAAUUUGAGCUCCAUAAAAAAAAAA